AUGGAAGCUUGGUCCGGAGCGUUACGUGGCGCGUUGCACAGCGGUUCGAACGUCGCAGACCUAGUUGCCAGUCUGUCUCGUGGUGAUCAUCAUUGGUACGCAGCUACACACGCCCGACCGACAUUUUGUAACGUCUGUCGGGAGUCCCUCGGCGCUCUAGGGACGGCUCACGCCCUCGCUUGCGAACUCUGCAAAUUCAAAGCACACAAGAGAUGCGCUGCGCGGGCGCCGCCAUCUUGCAAGUGGAGUACACUGGCUUCGCUCGGACCGCAUCUGGUGGAGGAUGCUGAUGGCAACAUCAUUAUGCCGCACCAAUGGCUGGAGGGAAACUUACCGGUGGCUGCUAAGUGUGACGUUUGCGAAAAAACUUGUGGCUCCGUACUAAGGCUGCAAGAUUUCCGAUGCAUCUGGUGUCGUAAGUGCGUGCACGCGAACUGCAGACCCAGUUGGCGGGCCUUUUGCUCCCUCGGACCAGCCAGAGCAUCAGUGGUGCCGCCCACACGGCUCCACUCAGUCGGGCCUGAUGAUGGAUGGCUGCCAGAUAGACCACCUAACGCUUCGCCCCUUAUAGUUUUCGUCAAUUCGAGAUCUGGGGACAAUCAGGGCAUAAAGUUUCUUCGCCGUUUCAAACAGUUACUGAAUCCUGCACAAGUGUUUGAACUCAGUGGAGCGGGACCACGACUGGGUUUGAGGCUGUUCAGGCAUUUUGCACCGCUUCGAGUACUUGUUUGCAGCGGAGAUGGCUCUGUUGGCUGGGUGCUGCAAGAGAUUGAUAAACUCGAUAUGCAUCGGCAGGUUCAGACAGCUGUUCUGCCUUUGGGCACGGGCAACGAUCUGGCUCGCGUGCUGGGCUGGGGCUCGUCGUGUGAUGAUGCAGCCAAUCUGCAGCAGCUUUUGGAGCGAUAUGAACGGGCAUCCACCAAAAUGCUAGACCGGUGGUCGAUAAUGUCAUUCGAACGUGCUCUGACAGCGCCACCACCUCCUCCUGUGCCUCCAGACUUGUUGGACGAGAGCGCAUUGUUGAACAACUUGCAGGAAAUUGUACAGGCAGGAGAAGUUGGUGAGACUAGUAGCGAAGCUCGUGCUGCUCUUCGAGAAGGCUGUGUGCGAUUGGCUAGUGUUGGAGAGAGAGCCGGAGGUGGCGCUGCACGCGCUGCGCAUCGGCUCAGGCGCGCUUUAUCGUUGCUACUGCAUGCGCGGGCGCAUCUUGCCCAUGAUCAUGCUAAAUGCGAGUCAUGGGAGGCUUUAGAAUCAACCAGUGAGAGUGAGCCCGAAGCUCAACCCGUUGCUGAGAAGGGCAGCAUAGAAAAGACUGAAAAGGAGCAGCUCAAUUGGGCUGCGCGGGGUUGUGCGUUGGCGGGUCGUGCGGAUAGCGUGCGACGCGCUUUGCGCUCCCUCGUGCGGACGCUCACCUUGCUUUACCCGCCGGCACCGGAGGGUAAUACAGGGGAACAGAUCUGUAAAGGUGGUGAAGGGGGCGGAACUGGAGAAACGGAAAUGUCAGCGCUGCCCGUGCCAAGAGCUUUUGCAGACAGCCGUCGCUCAUCUGCAGCUAGUGCAGUUUCCGCCUCCUCGAUGCAACCUGAAAACAUUCCAGACGUAGACGAAGAUAUAGCUAAAUUAAUUAGUACUAAUCCUACGGAUCAAGCUUACAACUUGGAGGUGGAGAAACGGGAUAGGAGCAAAACCAGUUCCGCUUCGCCCCAAGAUCGCCUUUCGCUUUCAAACUUAUCGUCCUGUGAUACUAGCUCCUGUAGAAACCUUCUUAGACCCGAUGGGGAACAUGCAAGCGCAACUUACAAUAGUAGUAGUCUUACUAUACCUAAUCUAAUCGUGUCAGAUGAUAGUGAUAAGAGAUCAUUAAUACAGGGAGAAACUUAUGAAUCGGACCAAUUGACUAUAAUAGACAUCGACAAACCGUAUACGGAUGAAGUCCACUUCCAAGACUUGUGUGAAAGAGACGCACCACUAAGCGUUGAAUGCACGCCUGAGAGAAAGCUUUCCAGCGUAGACUUAGAGAUUGAUGCGACCAGUUCAGAGGGGUCCAACAUUAGCGACGAUUUUAGCUUAAUUUCCGAAAUCAUUGAUACCAAACCAGAAGAAUUAGAAGAUGGUGGUGGCUUGGGACACAUUGAUUCACCAGAAAUAUCAGAAACGACGUAUAUGAAUUCAGAAACAUUGCACGGAGAAUCUAUCAUGGAUGAUAUAAGCUCGAUGUUGGGUCAAGAAGUGCUCUUAGCUAUGAUGGGUAAGAAUGGAGAAAACGAGACGUAUACAGAUGACACGACUCUAUUUACUUCUGACACUGUCUCUGAUAUUCCCCUUGACAGUCGAAAUCCCAGUGUCGAAAAAACGCACGAAUCUAAGAACCGAUAUAUGUCUAAAAUAAAGAAACCAAUAGAUGCCGAUGUAGAAAAAUUUGGUUUUGAAAACAGAGUUUUCUAUCUCGAAAAUGCUUCUAAGGCCGAAGAACAAGUCAAAUAUUGUAGCUUAGCUCAUUUUGAAGAAGGAAGCGAUAUAGCAAGAAAGUCAUUUCGGAAAAAUAUAAGAAAAAGUAUUAAGAAACGUGUCGUUGACGAGAACUCUGUUAAGCAUCUUCUGCCAAGAUCUACAACAGAAGAAGUGCUCAGAACUGAUACACCGCAAUGUGAAGAAUCGGCAAAACCACCAACUUUCUUAAGCUUAGAGGAAAAAAGCCCAAUUGCCAAUGACCAAACACCGGUAUUUCCGCAAGUGAGUGUCGUAGUAGAGCCACCAUCACCUUCACACAGUGAUGAUAAGAAGAGUGUAAAAAGUUCGAGCCGCAUGGCUUCAGUGUUGAGCGAUAUUUUUGAUCAUGGCACCGACACACUUAGCGUGCAUUCGCCUGAACCUAGUGUGGUUAGUGCAAGAGAACGACGUCAAUCUGAUAAUCCCAGACUUUUAGGAUCUGACUCCGAGUAUGGACAAUUUCUUAGUUGUUCACCGGCCGCGACGAGACGAAUAUCGUGCGGUAGUCUUUUCAAACCCGGCGAACCAGAUAAACUUUCAACUUCGGUGUCAUCAAUAUGGGGAGAAGGUGGAUCAUUCGGUGGUGGUCCCACUAAGUCCGAGACCAGUGAUAAAGCUAAAAAACUACCAAUUAUAAAUCCAUUAGUUCAACUACCGGCUUGGCCUCACGUCACGCAAGGAUUCAUAAGUCAAUGCCUCUUAGCGAAUGCCGAUGCAUUAUGUGCUGCUGUUAGUCCACUGAUGGAUCCAGAUGAAACGCUACUGGAAGGCUUCUAUGAGCGAGCUGUUAUGAAUAAUUACUUUGGUAUUGGUAUUGACGCAAAAAUCACGUUAGAUUUUCAUAAUAAAAGGGAAGAACACCCAGAAAAGUGCAGAUCUAGAGCAAGGAAUUAUAUGUGGUAUGGUGUUUUGGGGUCAAAGGAAUGGGUCAACAGGACGUAUAGACACUUAGGACAGCGUGUCCAAUUGGAGUGUGAUGGCCAAAGAAUACCGCUUCCGGAGUUACAGGGCAUUGUAGUACUGAACAUACCAUCUUUUAUGGGAGGGACAAAUUUUUGGGGUGGCACCCGAGGCGACGAUUUAUUCUUGGCACCAUCGUUUGAUGACAGAGUUCUAGAAGUGGUAGCAGUAUUCGGUUCAGCGCAAAUGGCCGCGUCUCGACUUAUAAAUCUGCAAAAGCACAGAAUAGCACAGUGUCGAGCCGUUCAGAUAAACAUCUUGGGUGACGAGUGUGUACCAGUACAAGUAGAUGGAGAAGCCUGGCUUCAGCCACCAGGAUGCGUCCGUAUUAUACAUAAGAAUAGAGCGCAAAUGCUUUGUCGAUCGAGGGCACUGGAAACUAGCUUGAAGACGUGGGAUGAAAAACAACAGCAAAAGGCACAAGCGGGUGCUGGGUCAGCGCGCUCAUUGCCACCAACAGAAGCGGCUCAUCUUCUUAAUCUGCUUGAUGAUAUAAACACCAUUGUUAAACAUGUCAAACUGGCUUGUAUUAGUGAGAGCGGUUCUGGAAGGAUUUCAAGCGCUCUAUCAACAGCUAGACGGGUAGCAGCACAGGCUGAUGCGCUACAGGACUCUGAUGGGAGACUACUACCAGCACCACAACUGCGGCGGUUGUUGGCAACUCUGAUCGAGAGCUGUCAUGAGUUAUUAGACAGCGGUGCAGUGGGCAGCGCUUCGGGGGGUUUGCGGACGCAACUCGCGAGAUGUGUAACAAAAGAAGGCCUUGCAUAUAUCAACGCGGAAGAGGCUCCGAAGAAAGGCAGCCGGUGGCUGAGAAGUCGCCGCAGCGUGUCCGAAGGCGGCACAGUAUCAACGCAGACAGUCCAAGUCAGAUCGUGGGGCAUAAAAGAAGUGCAGACUUGGCUCGAGGCUAUAGAACUAGGCGAAUACUCUGAAGCCUUCUCAAAGCACGACAUCACUGGACGAGAAUUGCUUUCGUUGGCGCGUCGUGACCUGCGCGACCUUGGCGUCACAAAGGUUGGGCACGUGAAGAGGAUUCUUCAAGCUGUCAAAGAGCUACAGUGA